AGCAUGAGGUAUUAAAGGGACAGUAACCGCGCAAAACCACAGCUGGGUUACAAGCAGCUCUGUAGGUUCAUCUGUUUGUAAAUCUAACAACCGUGAACCUCACUGCACGUCACUGAUUCACACUUAGGUACAAAAGUUCAAGAGAAACACAUUAAUGAAUUACUACAUUUUCUCUCAGUCAUCAACUUUAAAAACAUUCAAUUACUAAAAAAAGAAAAAUGUAAAAAAAUAUUUAACAAGAGAAAAAUGUAUUUUGGAUGCAGUAUUAAAAUGGCCACUGGUGCUUUGAUGUCACAUGUCAUAACUGCCAGAGUGAUGUCAUGUGAUGACAUCAUCAAUGUUGGAUGUGUCAUGUCUUAGCAAUGAUGAUGAUGAUGUCAAAUGAGGUCACCAGAUUAGCUCUUUGAUGCUGAUGUCAUCAACUUCAAAGAGCUAACUGGUGACGAAAGUCCUUGAACUGAAGUCGUUCAACGUGUUUAAUCAGUUCUUUCGGGUUCUAACGCGCUCAGUUGAACUUUUCAGGACCAUCAUUACGGAAGAUUUAACCAUGGCCAACAUGUUCCACUCAGAAGUUUCUUCUUUUGAUCUGAAAGAAAUCAGUUCAAUCUUGCAUCAAGUGGCAACAGCUUUACAAGACCCCCAAAACACUCAUGGAGUUCUGACGCCUAACAGAGUGAAGCUCAUACUUGGAAGAACCCAGGAACAACACAUGAUUUCCACUGAAUUUAGUCGAUUCGACAAUUUUUGUCAGCGUUCCCGUAGACAUUUCAGGUGGUACAUGGCCCCAGAGACCCUUCUAGGUUCAUGGAACACUGAAAAAUCCCAUGUCUGGUCCCUUGCUUGCAUUGCUGCUGAAAUGUUCUUAGGAUCUCCUUUCUAUAUGGCCUAUAGUGAUUAUGAGAUGAUCUGGAACAUAGGAUAUACUCACGGUUUCUUUCCAGAUCAUCUGUUAAAUGCUGCAUUCAAAACUAAAGAGUUUUUCUCCAAAACUGAGACAAACCAGUGGUUUUUGAAGAAUCCAAAAGAGUGUAGAAAGAAGAUCCGACCAGAUGCCAGGUUUUUUUCCUGGGACGACUUCAGAAAACACCUCCAUAAAUCAGGAACCUGUUCAGAGACAGAACAGAACAAUUUGGAACUUUUCAUUGACCUGUUCAGAAGCAUGCUGUGUUUGGAUCCUGCAGCAAGAAUUUCUAUUCAACAGUUGCUCCAACAUCCAUUCGUCACAGGAAACAGGGAUCUCCCAAGAAUCACACUGCCUCAACAACCCCCACCUCAGUCAAAUGAUGGCACCCCAGAGGUCCCUCAAAAGGCGCAGGUGAAAAGGCCAGAGUCAUCGGUAGAGUGCAGCAAUCGUGGUCAGAAAAGAAAACGCUCAGAUUCAGACUCAGAGAGCUCCUCACCAAUGAAGAAAAGUUUGAUUUCUGAAGAAGACUUCCCUGAAAGGGUAAAUUCCUCAGAGGAACCACAGUCCUCAGUAAAGCGCAGAAAUCGUCGAUGGAAAAGAAAACGCGUGUUACAUAAAGAGUCAGAGAAAAACGCGCUCAGUUUAACUUCUCAGAACCAUCAUUACGAAAGAUUUAACCAUGGCCAACAAGUUCCACUCAUAAGUUUCUUCUUUUGAUCUGAAAGAAAUCAGUUUAAUCUGAAGAAGACCUCCCUGAAAGUGUAAAUUCCUUAGAGGAACCACCGUCAUUGGUAGAGUGCAGAAAUCGUUGACGGGAAAAAAAAUGCAUGUUAGAUAACGACUCAAAAAAAGAAAAGAAGGACUUGUGAAGAAGACUCCCCUGAAAGUGCACAUUCCUCAGAGGAACUACAGUCAUCGGUAAAGCACAUACAUGCAUAUUCAGCAAAUUCUUAACUUUUUUUAAAUUGUCAAAUUAUUUAAAAAAAAGUUAGACAGCACAUAAAUGCCAAACAUUUUGUGUAAAGAAUCCUGACGACCACGGAGGAGGUCUUGAAAGAAAAGACUCAAGACCUCCAUUUGAAUGUGACUUUUAGAUGAACUGUUGGAACUUUGAGGAAAUGUAUUUUAUGUAUUUAGUUACUUCACUUUUUAUUUAGUUAAAAACUUAAACAGCUGUAAAAAAAAUAAAAAACAUGUAUUUUAUUUUAUGUUACUUAGCCAAUUAAAGAGAGGGA